AUGAGUUCACCAACGCCAAAAGUAAAUAAUGUUAAAGUUUAUCCAUGGUCUCAAAAAAAUUUAAACAAAUUUAAUCCUUUUCCACGUAAUGGUCAUUCUGUGAGUGAUCAUACGAUAAAUAAUGAACUAUUCUUUUUCGGUGGUUUUGUAAACGAAAAAGCUACAAAUGAAUUAUUUGUUGUUGAUGUUAUAUUUGGUGGUGGAUCAGAAAGACCUGGGGAUAAAUUAGAUGAUCAUAUUUACAUCUAUGAUACUGAAACAAAACAUUGGACUAAACGUUCUUUAAAGGGACACCCACCUAACGGUCUUAUUGGUCAUUCUGUUUCUUUAAUUGGUUCCGUUGUUUAUAUAUUUGGUGGUCAGAAUGGCAUAAAAUAUUUUAAUGACAUAGUAGCAUUUGAUAUUAAAGUUCUAAAGUUACAACGUAAAAGAAGUAGAUUGAGUAAAUUUUCUUUAAAUCGAGCUAGCGUUUCUGGCUCUCAUUGGAACUAUAUUACGCCAAAUAGAAGUGAUCUUUCUGUUCCUUCAUGCAGAAGUGGUCAUACUGCUUGUGAAUAUAAAGAAAAAAUUUAUAUAUUUGGCGGGUCAAAUGGUGAAAAGUGUUUCAAUGAUACUUGGUGUUAUGAUACUUUGAGUGGUACUUGGUUAGAAUUAUCUUGUAGUGGUUAUGUCCCCGUACCACGUGAAAGACAUGGCGCGGCUCUUGUCGAUGACGUCCUCUACAUUUUUGGUGGAAUAACUCAAGAAGGAGAAGUAUUGGGUGAUUUGAUUGCGCUUAAACUCCCAAAUCAAAGAUGGUAUAAAUUUCCAAAAAUGGGUCUUUCAGCUAGUCCUCGAUAUGACCCUUCUAUGGUUGUAGUUGAUCAAGACAAGGUUUUCAUUUUUGGUGGUGAAUCGGAUGGAACUAUAAGACCUGAUGCUGAUGGAAAUAUCCAUAUAUUAGACACAUCAAAAAUAAAAUUUCCAUCAGAUUCUCAAACUCCAAAACAACAAACAGUUCAUCGUAAACAAUUAUCGGUUACACCACCUUUAAAAUUGUCAUCUCAACCAAAAGAACAUUCUAUCACUGAAGAUGUAGAAGAAACCAGUUCAUCUUUAAAAUCAUCAAGUACUUUAACACACUCAAAACGACCUUCAUUAGUUGAAUCUUCACCUGAUGUAAUACAAAGUCAUUCUAUUGCACCAAGGUCAACGAGUCUUGUUCCAUCAUCUUUACAAACAACUACUCAAUUAUUUUAUGAUGCCUCGGGUGAAACAUUACCAUCAUCUAAAGUUGAAUCAAUGUCUCAAAAACAACCUCCUUUACCACAACCUACAACUGAAAUUCCUGAGAAAAAUCAUUCUGUACAAUUAAAGCAGCAAUCUCUUGAAGUUACUCGUCCUUUACAACAAAAACUUGAGAGCCAUCGUAUACAUCUUUCUCAACAACAGAGGCAAUCUUAUGAUACUUUUGGAAAAGCUAAAUCAAAAGGUCUCGGGAUUACUGUUCCUGUAGAAAGUGAUAAUUCAAAACCUCAAUUAUUAGAUGGAAAUUUUUAUCAACAUCCUCCAGCUCUUCCAGUUGAUUCUAAUCGAAGUAAUUAUGAAAUGAUUACAAUUAAUAAAUAUGAUUCUCCAAAACAAUCUCCAAAUAUACAUGAACUUAAUCCUUUAGAAAGUGUUCCACUUUCUUUAACACCUUUAUCAUCAUCUGAUACAAAAAAACUAUCUCGUUUUACCGAACAAAUUCCUACAAAUUCUUUAGAAUCUGAUUCUUAUAAAGAUAAUUUAUUUAAAGAUUUUGAUACUAUUAAUAAUUCUGUUGAAAAUUCAAAGACGAAUAAUAUAGGAAAUACUAUGCUUGAAAGUGAAAAAAGUAAUACUAUAGAAAACAAUCCAUUAUAUGUUAGUCAUGAAAAAGAAAAUUCUCAAUCUUCUACUCAAUUGUUUAUACCUAAUAAUGAGACAAGUACUCAAUCACAAGAUAAUGUUUAUGUUAUUCGUGAAAGGAAAGAUAAACGUCCAAAUGGUGCUAGACCUCUUGUUCAAAAACAAUACGUACAAACUAAUAUUGAAAGUUCUACCAUGCAAAACAAUAUUGAAAUUCAAAAUACGAAAUAUUUAAAUGGUAGUAAUUCUCCUAUCUCGGAUCAUAUCGAUAGUUCUGAAGAGAUCAAUGAAGAUCGUAAUACAUCACCAUUACAAGAAGAUCAUCCUGAUAUUCCAACUUCUUCAACUUUUGAUAUAAAUAAUAUUGUAUCUUCAAAAUUAAUGCUUGAUAAUACAUUGCAAGAAGAACAACAACGUAUGAAUAUAACUCCAUCAAAUUCUGAUAUAUCAAAUAUUAUACCUUCAAAUUUAUCUGAUAAUGAAAUCUCUAUGCCUUUACCAACUCCUACUACUGGUUCCACUUACGUAUCUCCUGAAAAUGAUAAUCUUGACCCUCAAACUUCUGGUGAUGAACAAGAUACUUAUUUUAAAGGAGCUAUACAACAUGAUCCAAAUGUUAAUGAAUUUGAACAACGUGAACAAUGGUUCAAUAAUGAAUUAAAUUCUGCAAAAAACUUUGGAUAUAAUUUAAAUUUAGAUGACGAUGAAAAUAUCAUGUCUGAUGAAUUAGAUUUUGAACAAUUAUCUAAACUUUUGGAUCCAAAAAGUGAAAAAUUUAAAAUUAUGCAAUCUAUUUCUCAUAUGCAACAAAAGUUGAAAAAGGCAAAGGAAAAUAUAUCUAACCAAGCCUUAAUUGCAUCGCAAAAAAUUGCAGCAGCAGAACAAGCCCAUGAAGCAGCCAUUAAAGAAGCAGCUUAUUAUAAAAGUAAGAUAGAAGAUUUGGUAAAUAGUUUAGAUCCAAAGUAUCGAACAUCAGAAGUUGAAAGAACUAUGAAACUUGAGAAACAAUUAACACAAGUUUUAAAAGAAAAUAUUCAACUUCAAAAUCAAUAUGAAGAAUAUUAUCACAAAUCAAUUAAUGAAAAUUCAUUUCAAGAAUCUAUUAAUUCAAACGUAAAUUUUGAGGAUAAUAAUAAUUAUACAAUUACUAAAAAUCCUCAAAAUCCAAUUUCAAAAAAAUUGGCCGAUCUUAGAGCUCGUAUAAUUUCAACUGAAACUCAACUUGAUGAAAGUAAUUUACAAUUAAAACAAGCUAGUGGUGAGAUAACAAAAUAUCAACAAGAUGCUGAAAAUUCAAGAAUGCGGUUUUCUCAAUUACAUGAAUCACUUGAACAACAUUAUACAAUAUUUGAACAAAUCAAUAAUGCAAUUACGACAACAAAUGAAAGGACCAAUGAAUUAGAAAAUUUAUUGAGAAAAAGUAAGAAAGAGAAAACAAAGUUGGAAAGUAAAGUGGCUGCCCUAAGGAUUGAUUUGGAAAUUAAAGAAGAAGAAUUGAAUCAAGAAUCUGAACGUGGUGAUAAAAUUGAAAAGUUAUUAGAAAAUGAACAAAAAGAAGGAAAGAUUUUGAGAUCAAUGUUGCAAGAAAGUAUGAAAGAAUUGUUAAAUAUUUCGUUAUGGAGAUGA